CUGGGGCUUCUUCUCUUCAGAGGCAUUUAACUGGCAGUUUAUGGAGGCUGCAGUUGUGGAAAAUGAAGAUCUGCUCUGUGGUCUUCGCUCUCCUGACUCGAGCGCUGCUUGGAGAUUUGUGUUCGGCCAUCAACGUCACCAUCACCCCUUCCCCGUUCACGGUGGCCCAGGAGGGUCAAAAUGUCACACUCUCCUGUGUUGUGUCCCAGCGGCGCCGCAACGCUGCUUUACCGGUGGUGAAAUGGAUCUUCCUGCCAGAGGGCACCGACCGCCCGGAGGACGAACUGCUCAUCGCCCGCCUCAACAUGAGGAAGGCCCGUUUCUAUGGUAACUACACAAAGAGUUUCCCGUGGCCCAAACUGAAGCUGACGGUGGUGAAGCAGGGGAAGAUAUUUGACCUGGUCAUCUUGAACGUGUCCGAGGGGGACCGGGGGCUCUACAUGUGCCGGGUGCAGGAGUUUAAAAAGCACCAGGAGCGCUGGAAGGCCUCGUCAAACUGCACCGCCGCUACUGAGCUCAGAGUGCAUGUCCUACCAGCCACCAAGGCCAAAGAAAGCCUGUGGAGCUUGUUAGAAGAUGUGUACCUGUGUGCAGUGCUGAUCUGCUCAGUGGGUUUGCUGUGUAUGUGCAUGUUCACAGUGACAGUAACCUGCCAGUACAUACAGAGGAAGCAGAGGUUAAAAGAUAAUUACCUCUUGGUGAAAAGCCUGCAUAACAGCUCAGGAGAGACCAGUGUGGUCAAUGUGUCUCCUGCUCUGCCUAAAAAGGAGAGGAGAUACAGGAAGAAAAGGAGCAGAGACUACCAAGAGGAGAUACCACCAGAGAUACCAGCGAAAGCUCCCAUUGGAGACAAAACACGGAAACCCAAACUUUUAAAACCACAACCAAGAAAAGUAGUGUUGCCGAAGAUAGUGGAGGAGAACUUGACCUACGCAGAGCUGGAUCUGGUGAAGCCAAUUCCGGAAACCAAGGCGUCGUGUAGCAGCACUGUGUACGCUCAGAUACUGUUUGGGGAGCAGCAGCUGUGAGAGAAACACGCACCAAUAGUAACUGUGCCUUAUGUAAAAACUAUUGUCUAUUUAUAAUCCUUAUUAUUUUGUAUUCCUAUGGUUUGUAAAGGGCAAAAUGUGUAAUGUCCCACAAUUAUGACAAUUGUAUAUAUGGUUUUAUAUGUUCUUUUAUAUUACUUUCUUUUAUGAGACCAAGAUGCAAAAGGAAAUGUUUUGCAUACUGGAGUUUUUGAUAUAUUUUAUUUCUUUUGCACCCAUGUUUGAAUCCUGUGUAGCUUAAACUCGGAACACAGACUGGUGAUGAUUUAGACCAGAUUUGUCCAUCGUGACAAACGGAAGGGCGAUCGGAGAUUUGAAUUUGCAGGCUAAUCUGAGCCCUCCCAUUUACAUUAAACAGGUUGCAACCCGAUAUCUGAAGGUUAAAGUCCUGUGGUGUGUGGCUAUCACAGCCAGUAAAGUUUACUGAAGUGAAGUGAGAUAUUGCUUUGCUAUCAACGCAUAACAAUAAUGCUGCUAUUUCUUGUCUGUGUGCGUUAACUAUGGAGCUAGAACAAGGAGGUGAUUAGCUUAGUUAGCAUAACAAGUGGAAGCAGGGGGAAACAGCUAGCCUGGCUGUAGCUAGCUUGCUUGCUAGCAUGACCAGGGGAAAUUACGUGCUGUAACUGUUUCUUGGUUUGCCAUGACAAAAAGUAUGUACGUAACUUUCUGCAAAACCACAAAUUCUUACAUUUCUGUAUGUGUGUGGAUGAAACAAAUGUGAUACAGUGUGUUAGUUAGUGAGCUUUAGAGGUGUAUUUUAUAACUUUGGAGACAAUUAGGCUAGCUGUCUAGCCCCUGCUUCCACUCUUUGGGACUUUCCAAAGCAAAGCUAAUCGCCUACCGGCUCCAGCUUCAUGCAAACAUAUGGACAUCAUGAGACAGAUAUGGAUCUUCUCCUCUAAACCAUUUCUCAAAAUGUCAAACUAUUCUUUUAAAUUCAUAAAUGCACAUUAUUCUGGACAGUUUAAUAAAUUGAAAAACAUGAAGGCUCUAUGUGUAAGCAACAAUAAGCCAUGGUUCCUGAGAUCGUUAAAUCUUUGAGAUUUCUCAACCGGUUUAAGUUAAUUACAAAGAGAAUUGUGGGAAACCCCAUCUAGAGCAAACAGAUUUAUGAAGGAGACAAAGUAAAUGUAAGACAUCCGUUUGUUUUAUUUUAUUUGUGCAUUUUCAAAUGUGAUUUACUUUUAGUGUGUUCCCAGCAUUAUCUACCUCACAACAUCUGUGUUCAGCGUGUUUCUGUGUGACUGCAAUUUAUAAUGACCACAACUCCACAGAGUUGAUUAAAGUAGCCACUAGACCCCCGACCCCCCCACAUAGUACGUGAGACUGUGCGAGGCUCUUUUAUCUGGUGCCAGCAUCAACUUAACAGGCAGUUAGUGACACACACACACAAACAUAGACAUACAAAGGUGGAGUUACAUGUAGGCUAAACACCCUUGUAGGUUCUCACAAAGGCACAUACUAUAAAUCCCAAAAUCUGCAAACAAUUGUAACUCCUGAUCUACAAACAGGGACAAACUUAAGACCUGUGUUUGUACUAUUUCACAUGUAUGUAAUUCAUAGUUUAAUUCCAAACUUACAGUGAUUUUGUGGUUUGAGAUAAGAGCCAGAAGCCAUAUCGGCUGUACUCCCACAUACCUUUGUACGGUCUUCUUGCUUUCUCACUGAGUGUGAAAGUGCUUAGGCCUCUUUUUUCCAUUUAAUGAUCCCCUGGAUUGAGGCAUGGAAAAGCAAAGGAGAGUUUUUUAAACAGUGAACUUGAAACCCAGACACAAAGGCACCGGAUCCCUCCCUUCCCCCAAGACCUCCACUAUCUUAUGUGGAGUUAUCCAUGCAGAUGGAGCCCUUCACAAAUACAAGUCUCAUUUUCUGCCACGCAUGCCUGCUGUAGUCCCAUGUUGUGAAACGCUAGCUGAACCAGCUACUUAUCUGGUAACCAGUAGUUAUAGAGUAGUCACUUGAUUAAAAUGAUUUGACUCUUCUGUAAAACAUUUAAAACCCAGUUCAGACCAAAGAUUUGCGAUGAGAAGGGUGCGAAGAGUUGAAACUUGCAACUACUUGCAAUAUGCCAACCUGCAACCUUCCAGUUUACACCAACGAGUCUAGACAAGACAGUGUAUCAUCUCACUCUCUGUACUUCCGUUCUAAAUUCUGACUUUACAGGCUUUUUUGUAGCAGGAUAUAUAUUGUAGCAUCUUAAAAUAUGAAUGAGGUUAGUGAUAGUGAGAUACUUUCUAGUAGUGAUGAAAUGGCGAAAACAACAUUUUAUUUCUCUGAUUCACUGCUUUGUUCUAACAUCGCUACCUCUCUUCAGUCACUCUCUAGCUCGCUUGACCACAUACCACACUCGCGGCGCUCGUUGAACCUCUAAAACUCAUUUCAAAAAGUUGAAAUUUGACUGACUUGACCAGCUGACAGAGCAGCAAUCAAAACAGCGAUCAAAGCAGCGGUCAGAGCGGCUCCAAGGACAUCUGUUGUCUGAACUGGGCUUAAGAAUUAGCUUGUAGUGGUAUUUAGAUUAAUGUAGUCAACUAUGUAGCAAUUAUGGUUAGCUAGCUAACAGCUGACAUACACAUGUAUUGGAUUGGUGAGAUGAAAGAGUCUCCAGUUACAAAAAGAAUAGUUAUCCAUGUCUGUUUGAAAAUGCAGAGAAAGUCAAAUUGUAUGUUGUCAGCAGAUGUAGCACAAAAGCUGACUUCCAAUAUGGCUGCCAGCCAGGUGACAUUUAAAGAAAUCCCAAUGAAUCACCGCAAAUGUAUAACCCAUUUUUACAGCAAGCUGGUGGUUGUGGACUUUGACAUUCUUUGUUUCCCGCCUAUUUAUUACGUUUCAAUUCAAAACACUAUCAACCUCCAUUUGCCACUAUUCCAAUUUUCCAUUGUUAUUUGCUUAUGCAUGUUUCAGUUGCACAGUGUGUAUUGAAAUGAAAUGAUUGAAAGUGACCUUUCAGUGGUGGGCAGAUUGUGUCUUAAAAAUGCCCUUAGACUGUGAAAUGUAAAGUUUCUUCCAGACCACAUUGUCCUUAAUGGGAGUCCACUAACUAGAACCAGGUGUGUGAAUUGUGCCUCUCCCUCUCUCCUUUCCCUCUCCCUGCCCACCACUGACCUCUGCAUUCAUCAACAUUCCAGCAUUUCUUCUCUUGUUUGUUUAUUACAUUUCAUCUGUACAGUGUGUAUCAGUAAAUGAAAUAAAUAUAAAAGUGGAUGUGA